CGCUAUGACUAGACUUUCCAGCUCUUCCUGCAAAAGUCAGCUUCUCGUCACCAGAAGGAUUUGUGUUCAAGCUAAGUUACAGGUCGACCUCUACAGGAAGAAUGUCAUGUGACUAUUCUUUAUAAUGGCGAGUUACAGGAGAAUCGAGUCCGAUCCGUCCAACCUCGCGGACUGGAUGGCUCUUCUACCAGAAUCUUUGACGUCAGCUCCACUCAGACAUCUAGCUAUUCCAGGUUCUCAUGCCUCGUUCAGUUGCACAGUUACACAUUUUAACGACAUUGCACCUGAUAGCUCUUUCCUUGUACGGACCCUUGGACACCUCUCCUGUUGUUUGGGGAAAGAAAGAAUUUAUCAAUGGAAUCGUACGCAGGAUCUGUCGGUGAAACAGCAACUGACUUCCGGUAUACGUUACUUUGAUGUCCAAGUCUCGGCGCGAACGCGGAAUGGUGACUUCCGGGUCGUAUGUGGUCUAUUUGGAGAUGAACUGAGUGCUUGCAUGAAAGAAAUAAAAGUGUUUUUAGAUCACCACGACAAGGAAGUCAUAAUAUUUGAUAUAAAUCAGUUUUAUGAAAUGAACGAUGUUUUGCACAUGAAAUUGUUAUCCAUUAUUACUCACUGCUUCGAUGACAAACUGUGCCCGUACAACAAAGAUAGUGACGUCAGCUUAGAAUCGUUGUGGAAUCGGGGUCAACAGGUCAUUGUGAUAUACCAUCAUGAUAUAAUUCAGGAGUACGAGAAUUUCUGGCCUGGAAGUUCAGUAGUGUAUCACCCAGAUUCAUGUGCAGAAACGCCCGAAGAUCUGAUAUUCCAACUAGAAAAGAAUUUCGAUAAUGACCAAGAAAGGGUACAUUUUGAGUGUGGUAGGGCGGUCGUAUCCUUGUCAAAUCGGAAGUGUCUGAUGCGAUUAUCCAGUUCAAGAAAGCAAGAAAUAUCGAGAACAGUGGCGCCCGUAAUAAGUUCAUGGUUGAAAGAUGCGUGUCGCACACGAACGAAACUCAAUAUAAUUGUGGUGGAUUUCAUCCAUCUAUUAAAUUUUGUUCAGCAUGUUGUCAAUUUAAACACAGCGGAAGGUGCAGAUGUGUAUGACGUACAUGCCAAUGGAAAAACAACACUUUAAUUUUCUGAAAAUAUUUCGUUGAAUGCUUUCGCUUCUCUACAUUUAGAUAGCCAUUGCACGAUUCACACACAUUUGUUGUUUUACCAAGCAUGUCCACACUAGGCACAUCAUCAAUAUGUGGUUGGUUUGAACAUAUUUUGUAGCAUAUUAAUGAUAUACAAAAUACUGCAUUAUAUAUGGAUAGCUCCGUUUACCUGAUCAAUAAAAAAAGUAGGACUGAGGACGAGUGUGGCCGACUAACAUGGGGUGCUUACUCUUUGUAGUCACCUGAUUUCACCGUUAGUAUAUCCUGGCAUCCGUGUUUAUCUUACUGUGAAUUUUUAGGUCACCUGAAUUCAUUCAGGUGACCUAUUGCUAUCUGUUUUUGUCCGUCGUCGUUCGUCGUGCGUUAACAUUUGAAUAUUUUCAGCUUCUUCUCUGAAACCCCUGAACCAAUUUCAACCAAUUUUGGCAUAUAGCAUCUGUGGGUGGAGGGGAACGAAAAUUGUGAAAUUCGUGGUCCCUGCCCCCAUGGGGCCUGAGGAGUGGGGCAAAAACCAUCAAAAUGAGUGUAAUUUUAAAAAAUCUUCUUUACUCCUGGACAUCAAGAAGCCAAACUGUGGGCAUAAUUAUAAUGAGUGUUGAGCCCUCUACCAAAAUUGUGAAAUUCAUGGCCCCUGGGGCAGGGGUUCUUGUGUUAGGGUGGGGCUCUAUUGGUCAUAUAGUGAAAGUGUAGAAAUUCUUUGAAAAUCUUCUUCUCUGUCUCUGGGUAUGAAGUAGACAAACUAAUAGCAUGGUAAUGAUGAGCAAGGAUGCCUCUUUAUACCCCCCGCAACAAGUUGUGGAGGGGGGGGGGGGUAUACUGGAAUCGGGUUGUCCAUCUGUCCGUCCGUCCGUCCGUCUGUAGAUGCAAUGGUUUCCGGGCUCUAAAGCAUUAUCCUUUCCACCUACCGUCACCAUAUCAUAUAUAUGGACUACCCAUAGGAUGAAGAUGUUCCCUAUCGAUUUUGGGGUCAAAAGGUCGAAGGUCAAGCGCACUGGACAUUGAAGUAGCAAUAUGGUUUCCAGGCUCUAAAGCGUUAUCCUUUCCACCUACAGUCACCAUAUCAAAGAUAUGGACUACCCAUGGGAUGAAGAUGUUCCCUAUGGAUUUUGGGGUCAAAAGGUCGAAGGUCAAGUGCACUGGACAUUGAAGUAGCAAUAUGGUUUCCGGGCUCUAAAGCGUUAUCCUUUCCACCUACAGUCACCAUAUCAUAUAUAUGGACUACCCAUGGGAUGAAGAUGAUCGCUAUCGAUUUUGGGGUCAAAAGGUCAAAGGUCAAGCGCACUGGACAUUGAAGUAGCAAUAUGGUUUCCGGGCUCUAAAGCGUUAUACUUUCCACCUACAGUCACCAUAUCAUACAUAUGGACUACCCAUGGGAUGAAGAUGUUCCCUAUCAAUUUUGGGGUCAAAAGGUCAAAGGUCAUGCGCACUGGACAUCGAAGUAGCAACACUCAGAAAAGAGGUAGUUUAUACCUAUUACCAACACCCUUUGGGAGAUUGGGGUAAGCGGGGGGUAUUCUUAGUGAGCAUUGCUCACAGUACCUCUUGUUAAAAAUUGUGAAAUUCAUGGCCCCUGGAUCAGGGGUUCUGGUGCUAGGGUGGGGCUCUAUAAGUCAUAUAGUGAAAAUGCAUUAUUUCUUUGAAAAUCUUCUUCUCUGUCCUUGGGUAUUAAGUAGACAAACCAAUAGCAUGAUUAUGAUGAGCAAGGAUGCCUCUUUCAAAAUUGUGAAAUUCAUGGCCCCUGGGUCAGGGGUUCUGGUAUUAGGGUGGGGCCCUAUUGAUCAUAUAGUGAAAAUGCAUUUUAUUUCUUUGAAAAUCUUCUCCUCUGCUGCUGGGUAUUAAGUAGACAAACUAAUAGUAUGAUAAUGAUGAUCAAGGAUGCUUCUUUCAAAACUGAAAUUUAUGGCCCCUGGGUCAGGGGUUCUGGUGCAAAGGCAGGGCUGACCACAUAGCUAUUCAAUGUUUCUUCCAUCCAAAAGUAAAAUUCUUAUAUUUAAACACAAACCUAAUUCAAACAUUGGAAGGUUGUUACAUGAUACUCAGGUGACCUAUAAGGCCCCUGGGCCUCUUGUUAUAAACUAAUAUGAUUUAUCAGAUUGGUCACUGUUCAUUACCUCACUUCUUUAUGUUCAGAUAAGCCUUUUUGAUAAAAGAUGGUAGUUUUCUCUCCGUCAUGCUCAUUCAUAGAUAUUUGCCAAUACCAUGAUUUUAAGUCUAAAAACGUAAAAUAUUUGGAUUUUCUUAGCUGAUCUAGUAAAUCACCAGUCGAUGGUAAAGGCCACGAAUUUCUUUUUCUGAGUUUUUCGUUUUCUAAGUGCUUUGUGCUAUCAUUCUUAUCAAUACCACGAUCUCGGGAAAACAUCAUUAUGGACAUGCCAGUGUCUACCUAAAAUAAAAGGAACAUUUAAUAAAUAUGUAUUUUGAACCAUGUAAAAUUGAUGAAACAUUGUCAGACCCCCAGUGACAAACUCUAAUUUCAAAUUGGUGCCACUGGGGGAUUUCAGUCUAAUUUUUGGUUUAAUUAGCAAAGGACGAAUAAAAGCAUUAAAUUACGUUUACAAUUUGUUUUAACGAGAGCAAGCCCCAGUGAUCUGUCAAAAUACAUGUAAAGGAGGUCGAGGAAAAUCCUGAUAAGCCGAAUUCAGUUACUUUUACAACCUCCAGGUUGAUUAAGAGGUUUACUAAUUGAGUAUGUGCUGAUUUGUAUUGUAUAUAAGCUAGUAUGUAUCUUAUAUGUUCUCUACAUUGAUGUAAAUUAGUUAAUGAGAAUAAAGUAAUUGUCUACUUCCUGUG